CUCUUGUGCUCACAGUCACACCUACUGGCCAAACACUAGAGACUACUCAAACGGCAUCUGCAUCCAAGUCAACUCAUUCCUAUCUAAAUCAUCAUCAAUUUUUUCUGUUCGUUCUUAAUUCAUCUCCUCAUUCUUCAUUUUCCACUAAUUCCGCGGUUCCAUCAAGUUGCUAGUUGAGGAGGAGCAGGUGCCAGCAAUGGCGUCGUCGAAGCCAAUCCUGUAUGGUGCCUGGAUCAGCUCUUGCUCUCACCGAAUCCGGAUCGUUCUCAACCUUAAAGGUGUGGAUUAUGAGUACAAGUCUGUCAACCCUCGCACAGAUCCAGACUAUGAAAAAAUCAAUCCAAUCAAGUACAUACCAGCAUUAGUAGAUGGAGACAUAGUCGUUUCUGACUCUCUCGCUAUUGCAUUGUAUCUUGAAGAUAAAUAUCCUCAACAUGCUCUCCUACCUAAGGAUCUCAAAAAGAAAGCUCUUAAUCUUCAGAUUGCAAACAUAGUUUGUUCAAGCAUCCAACCUCUUCAAGGCUAUGCUGUAAUUGGUUUGCACGAGGGUAAGCUAAGCCCUGAUGAGAGUCUUCAGAUAGUCCAGCAUUAUAUUGAUAAGGGCUUCAAAGCGAUCGAAAAGCUUUUAGAAGGAUGCAGCUUUAAAUAUGCUACUGGUGACGAAGUUCAAUUGGGGGAUGUUUUUCUAGCACCACAGAUCCAUGCGGGUAUAAAUCGCUUCCAAAUUGAUAUCACAAAGUACCCAAUUUUGGCAAGACUUCAUGACAUUUACAUGGAAAAUCCUGAAUUUCAAGCUGCAGUUCCAAAAAAUCAGCCAGAUGCACCUUCAUGCUAAAAUCAAGAUGCAAGACCAGCUUGCCCUUGUAUAAGAGGGUCAGUGUUUGGGAAUGUGGGUCUCCACCAAUCAUGUAAUAUUGUCAAUUUUGGUGAAUGUCAAAGCUUGUUAAUGUUAAAUAUAUAGCAGAGAGGUGUUAGCAGAUGUUUUAAGUGUAUGCAAUUGUGGUUCAACAAUUAAAAAAAAUAAAUAAGUAGCUCAAUUCAAGUUCUCAGUCAUACUCUGAUAACAUAUGCAGAAUUUGUCAUUAUAUGAAUGACUACAUG